GAUUCAGCUGACUCUGUUCCUCAAGGAGCUUGGCCUGCCAGUUCACGAUGCUUUGCUGCUAUGGAAACACCAAUACUCAGAGCCGGUGGCAUCGAACUUAUCUGAGGCUUGUGGUCGUUGGCAGGGCAACGAAAGACGUUACAUCUACAAUAUCCGUCAUCUGUAUGGCUUUGAGGGAGCUCGGGUGAACUACAAGGCACACAGCUGUGCAUUUCUGCAGGUCAGUUUCUUAGGGAAAUGUUAAGUUUAUUUGGUUUUGAAAAAAAGAUAAAGACUUGAAAAAAAUAUAAUUUUAAAAUUUGUCAAAGAAUGAAAAAUCUGAUACUAAAAGUAACAUAGCUUCUGUAGCAUGCAAGACUCUUAAGCAGGAAUACUUUACCCUUUCAAAGCCCUCAAAUGAAUCAGAACGCAGUUAUUUUACAAUGUUAAUUUAUUUAUAUGCAUAAAUUUAAUUUCAUAUCAACCUUUCUGUUAGGUUUUACCAUUGAGGAACCUUGCAUAAGGUUUCUCUGCUUGUGUAUAUGGAAAUUUGGCGGCAUUCAAUGUUCAUUAUCAUCAAUUAAAUUUGGAUACAGAUAAAAAAAAUAGUCAUUCAUGCGAUGAUAGUCUACACUUUGUAGAUGCAUUGGGAUUUCUGUAUAUUGUCCUAUCAGAAGUUAACAAUUAAAAAAAACAAUUAAUUCAGAACCAUGAAGUAAAAUAAAAUUAGUUUUUAAAAUGUUUAGAAUGAUCUUAAUUAUAGAGCACUCAUGUAUUUCUUGCUUUUUGUUAAGGAAAAGUCAAUCUCAAGUCAUGGUGCCGG